UACAGCCAUACAAAUUUGAUGGGGUCGCUAUGAGUCGGAAUCGACUCGACGGCAACGGGUUUUGUUUUGGGGUUUUUGGCCCUCUGAUCUGAGAAAGCUGUUUCAUGAUAAGACUUUUUGUUUUUCACUCUGUGAGAGCUCUUAUAAGUCCAGCAUUCUUAGUUUGCAGAUUAGGUGUUUUAUGAACUAAAACAUGACAACACAAACAUUUAAAUUGCCCCAUAUUUUACUACCUCAACUGCCGUAUAAGGAACACAAAAUGAUUAUGGCCAUGGAUGGAAAAUAGAUACACCUGAGGGCUGCUGCUUCCUGAAAUCAGGAAUGGAGCAGACUGAAAAGUCAAAUGUAUAUGCUGAGAAAGGACUCUUGGAAAAGAUAAAGCUUUGCCUGUUAAAGAAACCGCUGCCAUCUCCUACUGACCGGAAGAAGCUUGACUAUGACUUUCCCAUCUCCACCUCCUUUCAUGGGGUACACAACAUUGUCAGGAACCAGAGCAAAAUUCGGAAGGUGAUCUGGUUGUUGGUGGCCCUGGGCUCAGUCUCACUCUUGGUGUGGCAGAUACACAGUUGCUUUGCCAACUACUUCUCUUGGUCCACCACAACAUCUGUGGCAGUUCAAUAUGUGGAAAAGAUGGAGUUCCCAGCUGUGAUAUUUUGUAAUUUAAACAGGUUCCAAACAGAUCCUGUGGGCAAAUUUGAUGUUAUUUUUUUCUUGUGGAAUAUUGUGUCCAAAGUCCUCCAUCUUCAGGAAAUCAGUGCCAAUUACACCAGCUUGAAAAAGGCCAUUGAUUUUCUUAGGAGUAACCAAAACUUCAGCACUAUGGAGUUUGUCAAGAGAAAUGGUUUUUAUCUCAACAACAGCACUUUGUUGGAAUGUGACUUUUUUGGAAUGCGAUGUGGCCCAAAGGAUUUUGCACAUGUCUUCACUGAAUAUGGAAAUUGUUUUACUUUUAAUCAUGGUGAAAAUAUCCAAGCAAUGAAAAAAGUGAGUGUGCCUGGACAAGGCUUAAGCUUACUCUUCAGUGUCAACCAGAAAUUCACUGAUGACCCAGCUCUUGGCUUUGUUGACGCUGGGAUCAUCUUUGCUAUCCAUUCACCAAAGAAGGUGCCACAGUUAGAAGGUUUAGGCUUGUCUUCACCUGUGGGAAUGCAUACAAGGGUAACCAUCCGCCAAGUGAAGACAAUUAAUCAAGAAUAUCCCUGGGGAGAAUGCAACCCUAACAACAAGCUGCAGAGUUUCAGUAACUACAGCACAUCUGGUUGCUUAAUGGAAUGCAAAGCGCGGCACAUAGAAAAGCAGUGUGGAAGUUUACCUUUUCUGCUUCUUGGUAAGAAGAAUCUUGUAUACAUUGGAAUAAACUACAGUGACUUAAACUAAACACAACAGCAAAAAGCAGUGAGUGUGUCUGAGUUACUUGCAGAUGUUGGUGGUCAGCUGGGUUUAUUUUGUGGUGCCAGCGUGAUUACAAUUAUAGAAAUUAUUGAAUAUAUAUUCACCAAUUUCUACUGGAUAUGCAUUUUGUUUUUGCUGAAGAUACCUGAAAUGACCCAGUGGGCACAUCAACCUCAGAAUCAGCUGGGGGCUACAGAAGGAAUGGAAGAAUGCUAAUGUUCACUUAGGAUUAAAAACUUCCUUU